AUGAAUGGGACUAUUCGUUCAGUAGCUUUUACCAAUGACGGACAUCAAUUACCGAGCUCUAGUGGGGAUGGGUAUAUUUACCACUGGGACCUGAGAACAAGGACUUGCUUCCACAAAGGAGUCGAUGACGGUUGUAGAACUGGUACAACCCUUUGCACUUUCCCAACUGGAAAUCUAUUUGCAGCUAGUUCAGACAGGGACGCUGUGAACAUUUACGACAGGGAAGACUUCUUAGGUGGGAAGAGGAAACCACUCAGGAUCCUUCAUAAACUGAACGGUGAAGUGAAUUUCAUGAAAUUCAACAACGAUUCUCAAAUGUUGGCCAUCUGUUCCAACAUGAAGAAGAAGAGCUUAAAAUUGGUUCAUGUUCCAUCAUUUACCAUGUUCUCAAACUGCCCACCAUUGACUCAGACUCUGCAUCAUACAAACUGUCUAGACUUCAGUCCUCAUGGAGGUUUUAUGGCACUGGGAAAUUCUGCUGGAAAAGUGUUCCUAUACAAGCUCCAUCACUACCAUAAUGCAUAG